UCUUACUCCGGGGGCGUGGCAUUGUCUUCGGUGUCAUGGCGCUGCGCUGCUCGCCGACUCCUCUUCCCCACUCUGUGUCGUCUGACAUGCAGAAUAUGAGGCAGCUCUCCCGGGAGCAAGUCUCACGACUCUGCUUGGUGAUAUUUUCCUUCUUAAAAGAACAGAAAGAGGUGGAUCAGUUCACUUCUCAGCUUGAAGAUUUUGCCAAAGACAACGGGAUUAGCCUGAGUCCUUUAAAAAGCAUUGUGAGGAGUGUGCUGCUCGUUCUGAACGGUGCUCUUAGGAGGAACCUGAAGUCUGAGGACCUGCAGUCUGACCUGGUUGCUCUAGGAUUGGAUGAGGAGAAGGGCCGGAUUUUUGCUGACAAGUGGAGCAGCGAUGUGGCGGUUCUCACACGGCUAGCGGUCGGGCGAACACUCAGCAUUAAUCAGCUGGUGGACAUGGAGUGGAAGUUUGGGGUUACAGCAGCAAGCAGCGAACUGGAGAAAGCAGGGACCAUAUUCUUACAGCUAAAGAUGGUUAUUAAAAAAGGAAACCAGUUGGAGCCAGUCUACGUAGAGCUGACACUGCCGCAGUUCUACAGUUUCCUACAUGAGAUGGAACGCGCCAAGAGCAGCCUGGACUGUUUCACGUGACGCAACGCCCCUACAGGAUUACAGUGAUCGCUUCCCUCAUGGCCGUCCGCACUGCGUACCAGCCUGGUAAAUGGAUAUAGCAGCUACAGUACAUAUUCUUGUUCUUACACUGCCCUGCUGCACCCACAAUAAAACAUUCCUCUGUCUCUACCA